AUGUCUUGGGUUUUUCGAUACCCGGACAUGCCCAUCCUGACAAACGACUUUGAGGAAACUACAAGCGCAACGUUAGAAAACACAAUGGACGAUGCCAUGGUUCCCGCGAUAAUCAUCGACGUCAUCUUGGUGAUGGCCUGCUUCAUCAUGCUGGCAAUCAAGUUCAAAAUCGACUCUACCACCGAUCCAGCUGUGUUCCGGAACUUCGACCAUGGCUUGCCGCUGAGCAAUCCAACCCAGGAUCGACUCGUUCCGCUUUCGAAAGUUUGCUCGAGUCCCCAGGAAGAAUGCGAGCCUCGGACGCAGAGCGGUCAUCAUGGCAUAAACUUAACUGCUCGGGUCGAAGACCAGGGAUCCAAAUCUGCAGAAGACGCGGCUGGAACCACGAUCAGUGAGCCCCGAGCUGUACACCCCUACCAGUCCCCGACUAAAGACUGCGGCUCCUACACGGUUCACACCAACUGCCCUUGA